AUGGAGCUGUCCCUGGGCCUCUUGCUCCGGGCGCUUGAUGUUCUCGCGGCUGGCUACGUUGUCAAGUUCUUCGUCCGUCUGUACCAAGUCCGAACCAAAGUCCGCGCCGUCUCGAAAGAACAUGGAGUGGAAAUGCUCCCUCACUCCUUUCUCUUCGGCCACCUGCUCGUCAUCGGCACCAUGAUGGCGAAGCAGCCCCCGGGCCUCUCGGGUCAGGUCAUGCCCUUGCUCCUCCUGCAGCAGCACCCGGACCUGUGCAAGAAGGGCGUCGUCUACCUCGACACGUGGCCGAUCGGGCCGCCCAUGCUCGCCGUCUUCCACCCGCAGAUCGCCGACCAGUUCACCCAGGCCCGCUCGCUGCCCAAGCACCCGAUGAUGAAGGAGGAGUUCGAGCCCCUGACCGGCAACAACGACCUCGUCAACAUGGAGGGCCCGACCUGGAAGACGUGGCGCGCCGUCUUCAACCCGGGCUUCUCGGCCCGCAACAUCCUCUCGCUGGUGCCCGCCAUGGUCGAGGAGGCGUUGGUCAUGAAGGAGUCGCUCGAGCGCCUUGCCGACUCGGGGGAGACGGUGCCGUUGGAGGCCGGCAUGAUGAAGGCGACGGUGGACAUCAUCGGACGCGCCGUACUCGGCACGCGUCUCCACGCCCAGACGACCGAUUCUCGCCUCUUUGGUGCCCUCCAGAAGCAGAUAGCCCUCCUGACCCCGGACAACGGGCCGGCCAACUUCCUCAAGUCCAUCAACCCCAUCCGCCCCCUCGUGAUGCGCUAUCACAACCACGUCAUGAAGCGCGAGAUCCUGCCUCACGUCGAGCGCCAGCUGCACGAGAACGUGCACGAGCAGAACAGCGACGGGCCCAAGACCGUCAACAGCCUCGCCAUCACCUCGUACGUCAAGGAGGUCUCGGCGGCGGCGGCGGCAGGCUCCGGAAGCGCCGAGCCCAAGGGAACGCUGGACGCGCAGUUCGCCGACAUGGCCAUCUCUCAGCUCAAGAUCUUCCUGCUCGCGGGCCACGACACCACGGCCAGCACGCUGUGCUUCGCGUACUACCUCUUCCACAGGUACCCGGCCAUCCUCGCCAAGACGCGCGCCGAGCACGACGAGGUCCUCGGGACGGACGCCGCCCUCGCGGCCUCGCGCAUCGUCGAGAACCCGGCGCUGCUGAACCGGCUGACCUACACCAACGCCGUCCUCAAGGAGACGCUGCGCCUCUACCCGCCCGUCGGCACCGUGAGGCAGGGGUCCGCCGACGUCUUCCUCACGCAGCCCGAGACGGGCGAGCGGUUCCCGACCGACGGCUGGAUGCUCUUUGCCGCGUCCCAGACGAUGCACCGCUGGGACGCCUUCUGGCCGCGGCCGCACGAGGCCGUCCCCGAGCGCUGGCUCGCCCGGGAGGGGGACCCCCUGUACCCGCCCAAGAGCGCGUUCCGCCCCUUCGAGCUCGGGCCGAGGAACUGCAUCGGACAGGAGCUCGCCAUGGUGGAGAUGCGCCUCAUCCUGGCGCUGACGGCGAGGGAGCUGAACAUCGUGCCGCAGUUUGCCGCCGACGCGCCCGAGGUGCUGGGGGAGAAGGGCUUCCAGUGGAUGACGGGCACGCAGAUCACGUCCCAUCCCAAGGAGGGGAUGCCGGUGAAAGUCUUUAGGAGGGCGGAGUCGUGA